CCUCAGAUCUUUUUGUCUGAGAGAGAAGAGAAGUGAAUCCCGCUGCCGCCGCCACCGCCGCCGCCGCCGCUGCCGUAGCUGUACAGUGUGUGUGUGUGAGAGAGCGAGCGAGGGAGCGAGCGAGGGAGAGGGAGAUCGCAUGGAGCCGCGGCUGUAACACACACACACUGUCAAUACCUCACUCCGGCUCCCCCCCCACCCCACCACAACAGUAACCCAAUUCAUUGUGUGAUCCAGCAGCACCAUGUUGAGUCUCAUGUGCAGGCUGGAUCGGUUGGGUUUGUGGUGCUGAGAGAGGCAGCAGCAGCGGGAGGAGGAAUUACUGAGAGGUGCCCCUCUCCCUCCCUGUCUCUUUGCCUGUGUGUUGUGUGGAGACAGGACUCGCAAUUACCACACUCUCUGGGCUCCCUUAUUCCUUUUAAACUUUUUUUUAAACAAGCCCCUCUCCAUGGCUGAUCCCCGGCCGAGCACGGGCACCUGGGUCUCUUAAAGACAAGGAGGAGCCGGGGAUUGUUGUUGUUGUUGUCGGCCGGUUUUUUUUUUAAUUGGAUUUUUUUUUUUUUACGAGAACCUUUUUUAAUACAAAAAUGGCAAAUUCGACGGGUAAAAACCACGCAGACCAGCGGAGAAAGGGACUCGCUUUCCUGGACGAGCUGCGGCAGUUUCACCACAGCAGAGGGUCUCCUUUUAAGAAGAUCCCCGUGGUGGGUGGGAAGGAGCUGGAUCUUCACGCUCUCUACACCAGAGUCACCACUUUAGGCGGAUUUGGGAAGGUAUCAGAGAAGAAUCAGUGGGGAGAAAUUGUAGAGGAGUUUAACUUUCCCAGAAGUUGUUCUAACGCUGCCUUCGCUUUAAAACAGUAUUACUUACGUUAUCUAGAAAAGUAUGAAAAAGUCCAUCAUUUUGGGGAGGAGGAUGAUGAGGUACAACCAGGCAAUCCAAAGCCACAGCUUCCUAUUGGUGCAAUUCCAACUUCCUACAACUACCAGCAACACAGUGUGUCAGAUUACCUUCGUCAAAGCUACGGGCUGUCUAUGGACUUUAACUCACCAAAUGACUAUAAUAAAUUGGUGCUUUCACUGUUAUCUGGACUCCCAAAUGAAGUGGACUUUGCAAUUAAUGUAUGUACUCUUCUUUCAAAUGAAAGCAAGCAUGUUAUGCAGCUUGAAAAGGACCCUAAAAUCAUCACUUUACUGCUUGCAAAUGCUGGGGUGUUUGAUGACACUUUAGGUUCAUUUUCUGCUGUAUUUGGAGAAGAAUGGAAGGAGAAAACUGAUAGAGAUUUUGUUAAGUUUUGGAAGGAUAUUGUUGAGGAUAUUGAAGUUCGUGAUCUAAUUUCUGACAGAAGCAAAUCUCAAGAUAUUCCAUCGGAAGAAUGGAUUUGGGAAUCCUUAUUUCAUCCACCUCGCAAAUUGGGCAUUAAUGAUAUCGAAGGGCAGCGGGUACUUCAGAUCGCAGUGAUUUUACGUAAUCUUUCUUUUGAAGAGGGAAAUGUUAAACUUUUGGCAGCUAAUCGUACUUGUCUUCGGUUCCUGCUACUCUCUGCUCAUAGUCACUUUAUUUCUCUACGGCAGUUGGGGCUUGACACGCUGGGAAAUAUUGCAGCAGAGCUUCUUUUGGAUCCUGUUGAUUUCAAAACUACUCAUCUAAUGUUUCACACUGUUACAAAAUGCCUCAUGUCAAGGGAUAGAUUUUUAAAAAUGAGAGGCAUGGAAAUCUUGGCAAAUCUUUGUAAGGCUGAAGAUAAUGGUGUCUUAAUUUGUGAAUAUGUGGAUCAAGAAUCCUAUAAAGAGAUCAUAUGUCAUCUCACGCUACCAGAUGUGCUGCUUGUAAUCUCAGCACUUGAGGUGCUAUACAUGCUGACAGAAAUGGGAGAAGUGGCCUGCUCAAAGAUUGCUAAAGUAGAGAAAAGCAUAGAUACAUUAGUAUGUCUGGUUUCUAUGGACAUCCAGAUGUUUGGACCUGAUGCACUUACUGCUGUUAAACUCAUUGAACAUCAGUGCGUUAGCCAGCAAGGAGUACCAGAUGUAAGACCACAAGUAAUGGAUCAUGGUUCCUCACAGGCCCAUGCAACAGGUGUGCCAGCCUCCAGGACAGCACCACAUGUUGCUCCACCACCAGGAAUAGUAGAAAUAGACAGCGAGAAAUUUGCAUGUCAGUGGUUGAAUGCACAUUUUGAGGUGAAUCUUGAUUGCUCAGUCUCUCGAGCAGAAAUGUACUCUGAAUACCUCUCUACCUGUAGUAAAUUAGCUCGAGGUGGAAUCCUAACAUCAACUGGAUUUUAUAAAUGUCUGCGAACUGUCUUUCCAAAUCAUACAGUGAAGAGAGUAGAAGAUCCAAGUAACAAUGGUCAAGCACAUAUACAUGUGGUAGGAGUGAAAAGGAGAGCUAUACCACUUCCCAUUCAGAUGUACUAUCAGCAGCAACCAACUUCGUCUACCCCAGUUGUCCGGGUUGAUUCAAUUCCUGAUGUGUCUUCGUCUCCUUCGCCAGCAGGAAUCCCGCAUGGGCUACCAAGCGUAGGAAAUCACUAUCAGAGGACCCCUAUUAACCAGUCUUCAACUUUGACAGCAACCCAGAUGUCUUUUCCAAUUCAAGGUGUUCAUACUGUGGCACAGACUGUUUGUAGAAUUCCACAGAGUCCUUCUGUUCACACACAGCAGCAACAAAAUGCUCCAGUGACUGUUAUACAGAAUAAAGGACCAAUAUCCUGUGAAGUAGUGAAGGCCACAGUAAUACAGAGUUCUGUUCCCCAGUCUGCAGUUCCUGUUACUAUUGCUGUAGGAGGAGCACCACAAGCUUCUAAUCAAAACCACAGCGCUACAGGACAACAACCGUCUGUAACUGUUGUUAGUUCUCAGACAUUGCUUCACCACCAACCUGUAAUUCAACAACAGUCUCCACUGCAUGCAGUGGUACCAGGACAGAUACCUUCAGGCACUCCUGUUACGGUAAUUCAGCAAGCUGUACCUCAGGGUCAUAUAUUUGGCAGAGUACAAAACAUACCAGCAUGCAGUUCAGCAGUUUCACAGGGUCAACAGCUAAUCAGCACAUCAUCACAACCUGGGCAGACAUCAUCUCAGCAGUCCUCUGCUGGUAACCAGCAACAAGAUACAGUCAUCAUAGCACCACAACAGUACGUCACAACCUCUGCAUCUAACAUUGUUUCUGCCACCACAGUUCAAAAUUUCCAAGUAGCAGCUGGGCAGGUGGUUACAAUUGCAGGUGUUCAAAACCCACCAACAUCUAGGGUAGGGUUUCAGAAUAUUGCACCAAAGCCUCUGCCGUCUCAGCAAGUUCCACCUGCUGUGGUACAGCAGCCGAUGCAGCCACAGCAGCAGCCUCCACCUCCAUCUCAGCAAAGCGUAGUGAUUGUAAGCCAGCCAGCUCAGCAAGGUCAAACGUACGCACCAGCCAUUCAUCAAAUAGUGCUUGCUAAUCCAGCUUCUAUUCCUGCUGGUCAAACUGUCCAGUUGACUGGACAGCCAAGCAUUACUCCAUCUUCUUCACCAUCCCCAGGUCCGGUUACAAAUAAUCAAGUCCCUACAGUUAUGUCGUCUUCAUCUACCACUCCUCAGUCACAAGGGCCCCCUCCUACUGUCAGCCAGAUGCUUUCUGUAAAGAGGCAGCAGCAGCAGCAACAUUCACCAGCAUCAUCGCAGCAGCAGGUACAGGUACAACAACCGAUACAAAUGCAAGUUCAGUCACAACAAGCUAAUACAGGAGUUGGCCAGCCUAACUCUGGUGAGUCUAGUCUGAUAAAACAACUGCUUCUUCCAAAAAGAGGCCCCUCAACUCCAGGGGGGAAGCUUAUACUCCCAGCUCCACAGAUUCCUCCACCUAACAAUGCAAGAGCUCCUAGCCCUCAGGUGGUUUAUCAGAUGGCCAACAACCAGGCACCAGGUUUUGGAGUUCAAGGACAGUCUCCAGCUCAGCAGCUGCUAGUUGGACAGCAAAAUGUUCAGCUGGUCCCGGGUGCAAUCCAGCCCCAAGGGGCAGUACAAACAGUACCCAUUUCUAAUUUACAGAUAUUGCCAGGCCAGUUGAUCUCAAACAGCCCAGCAACUAUUUUCCAAGGGCCUACUGGCAACCAGGUUACGAUAACAGUUGUGCCAAAUACGAGUUUUGCUACUGCAACUGUGAGUCAGGGAAAUGCAACUCAAAUCAUUGCUCCAGCAGGAAUUGCAGUGAGUGGAGCACAGACAGGAGUUGGGCUACAGGUGCAAACGCUUCCAGCUACUCAAGCACCUUCAGCUGGACAAUCACCAUGUACUGCUGCUCCCCCGUUCAAAGGUGAUAAAAUAAUUUGCCAAAAGGAGGAAGAAGCAAAGGAAGCAACAGGUUUACACAUUCAUGAACGUAAAAUUGAAGUUAUGGAGAAUCCUUCCUGCCGAAGAGGAGCUGCAAACACCAGCAAUGGGGAUGCAAAAGAAAAUGAAAUGCAGGUGGGAAGUCUUUUAAAUGGGAGAAAGUAUAGUGACUCCAGUCUACCUCCUUCUAACUCAGGGAAAACUCAGAAUGAGGCCAAUCAGUGCUCGCAAGUCAGUAAUGGGCCAUCAUUAGAAAUGGGUGAGAACGGAGCUCCUGGAAAGCAGAACUUUGAACAAAUGGACACACAGGAAAUUAAAAGUGAUUUGAAGAAGCCCCUAGUUAAUGGAAUCUGUGAUUUUGAUAAAGGAGAUGGUUCUCAUUUGAGCAAAAACAUUCCAAAUCACAAAACUUCCAAUCAUGUAGGAAAUGGUGAGAUAUCUUCAGUGGAACAACAAGGGAAUUUGGAUGCCACGCAGCAAGAUACUGCCAAAGGUGAUCAAGGGGAAAGAAUUUCUAAUGGGCCUGUAUUAACUUUGAGUAGUUCACCUGUUGUAAGCGGUACACAGGAGGCUGCAAAACUGUUAACCCAGCAACUUAGUGGUACCAACACUGAUUUACCUAAUGGACCUCUAGCUUCAAGUUUGAAUUCAGAUGUGCCUCAGCAACGCCCAAGUGUAGUUGUCUCACCA